AUGACUGCUGCAACGCAAGGCUACAUCUCACCGAACCCAUACGGUGCCGCCAACAUGUUUGCCCGCAACAUUGCCAAGAACAACGAUUUCAUCAAGACCUUUGGCAACACACCCACCAAUAAUCAUACCAUCGAGCCACAGCAGACGGAAAAGUAUGGUGCAACUCGAGAUGGUAAUCCCAUCUCCAUCAACACCGACGAAUCCUCCUUCUUCGACUUCGAGCCAUCCUCUAGAGCCGAGUCCCCAUACCAGAACCAGUUCUCGACCCCUGGGGCGUCGAGUGUGCUCUGGAGCAACGAAGCCAGCUUCCGUCCCUUCACACCACCGAGCUCUGCCUCCUUUUCUCCAAAGAGCUGGCCUUACGAUGGCUAUAAGCAAGGCACCCCAUCCAAUAUCUUUACCAAUAUUCACCCAGCCAACACGCGUGCUCAUUACGGCCAAGUCACUCCGCCAGACGACGAGAACGACAACGAGAGCCUGCUGGACUUUCAGCUUCGCGAUCAGCUCGAGCAGCAUAAGAUGCAGCCACCGCAGGAUGAAGGCAAAGGAAAGCGGAAGCGUAACUCUCCCACCAACGACUCGACCAGCCAGUCACCACCUAAGCGCACCCGCAAGUACGCAUCACGCGGCUCAAACAAAACCAAUGAGCCCAUCAAGCCAGAAGACGUCAAGCGUUCCAAGUUCCUAGAGCGUAAUCGUGUUGCUGCAUCCAAGUGUCGCCAGAAGAAGAAGGAAUGGACUCAAAACCUCGAGAACCGUGCCCGCGACUUGCAGAAGAACAACACCCAGCUCCGCCUGGUAGUUGAUUCGUGUCGACAAGAGGUGCUGUUCCUCAGGGGAGAGCUGCUGAAGCACAGCCAAUGUGACUGUGAAUCAAUCCAGACUUACAUCAAGUCCGGAGCCAACAACUUCGCCGACCAUAAGCAGGAGGACGACCUAUUCAAUCGCGAGAUCAGUCCUAUUGGAAGUAGGCCACGAAGCCGUCCGGGCAGCAUCGACUCCGAGUCCGGUGAAAACAAUCUCGGAAGCACGUCUCCCCCAGCUGAGCGAAGCAACGCCUCGAUCGCCGACGAUGACAAUGCCUUGGAAGCCUUGCUAACAAGUUCGAUGAAGCAUGACACGAGCGACGAGGGUAUUGCGUCCGCUGUGGCUAUUGCUGGUUAA